CCUGUCUUUGGUGGUCAGUGGGCCUUGGUUCUAGUCUUUCCUGUUCUGACCAUGGUGGUCUCGUGUCCCAGCCCUGCAGCUCUGGGUCUGAGGGGAGUGUGGGGCCAGGUGGAGAGACACCGGGGUGGUGUCUGAGGAUGCAGGCCUGUGGCCACUGUCUCAGAGGAUCCUGGGACUCAGGUGGAGGCCCACGCUGUCCCCAAGUGCUGCCUGUCGCUUGAAGCACUUCUGAUGUCGCAGUGGGUUUUCCAUCCUUGCCCUCCCCCGGGCCUCGUUUGCCUUGGUGUCUCUAGCCUUGGGAGCAGCCCCUGUCCCUGGGGAGGCCCUGUGCCUGUGGGUGGAGGGCGAGGACAGUCGGCGGGGCCGGUUCCCCACAGCGGUGACAGAGCCAGGGUCUGGCCCUGCUGGGAGAGGGGCACCAGGGCCUGGGCAUGCCCUCCCACAGAUGAGGCUGUGCCAGGAGCAGGAUCUCCGGCCCGAGGCAGAGGGCAGGAGCAGCGAGACGCUGCCCAGCGGGCGCGUGGAGAGCUUGGUGAACCCUGGCGUGUGUGGAGGGGGAGGCAGACAGCAGGGCAGCACGUGGUCGCGGCAGGCAUGACCGCACACAGCUGCUGGCGGCCGUGGGGUCACUCCCAGCACCGUGCCGGGGACCACUGCUGGCUGGGCUGUGUAUGGGGAGGCCUCACCUCACAGCCAGCCUGGAAGAGUCGCUUGACCGUGGCCUCCAACGGGACUCAGGACCUGCCAUGCCCGAAAUGGGAGCCACAUGUUGCAUUUUGGGUAGAUGAGUUGUUUGCUCUUUUCUGACUGUGCCAGUCAGCUGCCAUAAUUGCCCCAGACCCUGGCGGAGUGCUCACGCUGCGUGUCUGCUCCAGCUGUACUGCCCAGUGUUCCCACACACCGGGCCAGUUGGCCAGCUGUGGGAGGCGCCCAGGUCCCACAGGGUGGGGAGGUGGAGGAGAGAUGGGGCAGAGGCUCAGGAUGGACGUGGCAUAUGGGGCACUGAUGGGCCUGGGGGGCACUGUGAGCCAUUCAGCCGCCCCACCCUGCACACAAGCAUGUUCGUGUCCCCCUGCCAGGGAGGACACUGGGACUUGGAGGUGGAGCUUGAGCAUGAGUCCCCGACACACAAGGUUUACCCUCUGUCCACACGAGGCCUGCUGCCAGCUGCCCUGCCGAGCGCUGGCCCCCUGGCGUCCUGUCAGCUCUGUCUUCCAUCUGCCUCUAGCAGGGACCCAGACAUGGAGCUGCGGGAAGAGGCCUGGUCUCCGGGGCCGCUGGACUCUGAGGACCAGCAGAUGGCUAGCCACGAGAACCCAGUGGACAUCCUCAUCAUGGAUGACGAUGAUGGACCCAGCUGGCCGCCCACCAAGCUGUCCCCGCCCCAGUCCGCGCCGCCCGCGGGACCCCCGCCCCGGCCGCGGCCACCCGCCCCCUACAUCUGCAACGAGUGCGGCAAGAGCUUCAGCCACUGGUCCAAGCUGACUCGGCACCAGCGCACUCACACGGGCGAGCGGCCCAACGCCUGCAGCGACUGCGGCAAGACCUUCUCGCAGAGCUCGCAUCUGGUGCAGCACCGGCGCAUCCACACGGGCGAGAAGCCCUACGCGUGCUCCGAGUGCGGCAAGCGCUUCAGCUGGAGCUCCAACCUCAUGCAGCACCAGCGCAUCCACACGGGCGAGAAGCCCUACGCCUGCCCCGACUGCGGCCGCAGCUUCACGCAGAGCAAGAGCCUGGCCAAGCACCGGCGCUCGCACAGCGGCCUCAAGCCCUUCGUGUGCCCACGCUGCGGCCGCGGCUUCAGCCAGCCCAAGAGCCUCGCGCGCCACCUGCGCCUGCACCCGGAGCUCUCCGGGCCUGGCGUGGCAGCCAAGGUCCUGGCGGCCAGCGUGCGCCGGGCCAAGGCGCCCGAGGAGGCCGCGGCGGCGGACGGCGAGAUCGCCAUCCCGGUGGGCGACGGCGAGGGCGUCAUCGUGGUGGGCGCGCCGGGCGAGGGCGCCGCCGCGGCUGCAGCUGUGGCGAGCGUGGGGGCCAAGGCGGCUGGGCCGCGGUCACGGCGCGCUCCAGCCCCCAAGCCCUACGUGUGCGUGGAGUGCGGGAAGGGCUUCGGGCACGGAGCCGGGCUGCUGGCCCACCAGCGGGCCCAGCAUGGCGACGGGCUCGGGGCGGUGGGUGGCGAGGAGCCGGCGCACAUCUGUGUGGAAUGCGGCGAGGGCUUCGUGCAGGGUGCCGCGCUGCGCAGACACAAGAAGGUCCACGCCGUGGGCGCGCCCUCGGUCUGCAGCGACUGCGGGCAGAGCUACUACCGCGCGGGCUGCGAGGAGGAGGAGGCUGAGGGGCCCGGCGGGCGGUGCGGCGAGUGCCGUGGUGGGGAGGGCCGGUAGGGCUGGAGAGCCCGGGGCGGCGGGUAGGGCCCCUCGGGCUUGGCAGGGAGCAAGACCCAGAGGCCAGGGGCUGCAGACGCGGCACAAGGCCCAGGACGCGGUGUGCUCGUCGCUCCGCCUCCCCAAGUUAGGCAAGGACGCCUGUCCACUGAGACCGCACCUGGUGCUCUGCAGACCCUGCUGCCCGGGACCUGGAUGAGUCCCGGUGGACUGGGCAGAGGUGGCGAGGAGCGGCCUGCUGCAGCGAGAGUGCCCCUCCCCUGCCUCCAGAAUGUUCUUUGUGGGCUGCUCCCUGCAGGUGUUCCGGCCGCCGUGGUUCCUCCGACUUGUGCGGUAGUGGACGCUUGGGGACAGGGGCGGGCCUGUCCGCGGGCCUGGCGGGGACAAUAAAUGGCACUGUUCAGUC